CAAGGUACAUACAUUUGAAAUUUUUCCUCAGUUUGAAAAGAAAAGUACGGAGUAAAAGAAAAUCAACCCCGCUGUGCUCCUCUCCUGCAGCGGCUUGCUUCAUCAAUCAACCCCUCCCCUUUGCUUCACUUUCUACUCCGUUCCACAAACAUCUCCUCAUCGGUUUCUACGACAUGGAGAACGCGAAAGCUAGUGAUGGAAACAACAACGGAGACGAAGUGGCCAAACUGGCUCCGGCAGCCGGCCGCCACCAAAUCCCUAGCGAUUUCACCGUCAAUGAUGAUGGACCUGCGCCCGUGUCCGAUGAAAGCGCCAACGGCCAAUUCGUCACUGGCACUGAUAUGAAUCAGGACGGCCAAGGUGGGACCCACCCUUCUUCUAGGACUCCCUUCACCGACCUCAGCCAAAUAGAUGCCGAUCUUGCCCUCGCCCGUACCUUACAGGAGCAGGAAAGAGCAUAUAUGAUGCUUACAAUGAACGGUGAUGGCAUUGAUUAUGUCAGUGAAGAUGAAUAUGAACACGACUACCAAAAUGAUAACUCUGCUGAUCCUAGUGAAGAAGAUGGUAGCCAUGUAGAUCUAGAUGAUGAAGAUGCCUUUGAUUUUCAUGCUCAUGAAGAACUAAGUGACGACGAGAUCCAAAUCACUGAGUUGGAUCCAUCUGCUUUUUCAAGUGAUGAGGCAUAUGCUAGAGCACUGCAAGAAGCUGAAGAGAGGGAAAUGGCAGUCAGAUUACUCGCCCUUGCUGGAAUAAAUGAAGCUUAUGCAGGGAGAGCUGUAAGUGAAGAUGAUCUUGGUCAAAAUUCUCAGGAUGGCUGGCACUCCUGGCAGGAAGUUGAUCCAGAUGAGCUCUCUUAUGAGGAAUUAAUUGCAUUGGGUGAAGUAGUUGGAACUGAGACCCGGGGACUUUCUGCAGAUACAAUUGCCUCCUUACCAUCAAUGAAUUACAAAGCAGAAAUUACCAAGGAUGGAUAUAAUGAUUCAUGUGUCAUCUGUCGAUUGGAUUAUGAAAAUGAUGAGACCUUGACAGUGCUUUCCUGCAAGCAUUCAUAUCACCCUGAUUGUAUAAAUAACUGGCUAAGAAUAAACAAGGUCUGUCCAGUCUGCAGUGUUGAAGUCUCCACUUCUGGAAACAGUUAGCAGAUAGCAAAGUCUCUCCCAUGGCUCCGGGAUUUCUUAGGAAACAAACGACAUGAAACAUCCUAUAACCCGGGACACAAUGAUUGUCAUCGAUCAUCUUUGGCAAUUCUUCUUGGUUCUUUGCAAAAACAGUGUCAAUGUGACUAUUCGUUUUACUGGUGCUAUUAUUCACAGAUAAUAACAUGUCCACUGGUUUUAGUGUUCCAAAUGAUCAGUGGCCAUCACUGUACCCCAUCUUCAUUCCAUUUGCCUUUACCUGAAGAAAGAAUGAACUACUUGAAUACUGUGGAUUAUGGUCUUAUUCGGACUAGUUAUAGUGCACACACUUACAUGAAUAAAUAAUGUAGUGAUAC